UGUUGCUGAAGUCGUAUUUUCUGCAAUCGAGUUUGGAGCGGUUUACAUUACGUUUACAUCUAUUGUGAGCUUCUGUAUCAUAAGGACAUUGUAGCAUAUAAUUUUAUGUAUUAGGUCCCAUUGUCUAAGCCCAAAAUUUCAAGUCUGGUGGCAUAAGGUUGGCUUGCUCCACUCGGUAAAUAACUGAACUUAGCCCCAGGUGGGGGAGGGAGAGAGGAAGAGAGAAGGAGGGAGGGAGGAGGAAGCACCGCUCAACCCUUUCUCUGAAUUGCCAGCGAACUCUGCUCUCUAAAAGCAAACAUUCUUCGGGAUGGAACGUUCUCCUUUGCCCUCCGACUGCACUCCCCUUGCAGGCUCUUUCGUGGCCAAUUAAUCCCCAAAGCCGGAACGGUUCGCCUUGUUUUUUCCUUGCUAGAGCCGUCGCGCCCAAUAAUUUAAAGCAGUGUUUCCCAACCUUGCUGGCUGGGGAAUUCUGGGAGUUGAAGUCCACAGGACUUAAAGUCACCAAGGUUGGGAAACACUGAUUUAAAGAACACCUGACUUCAAGGGCGGUUUCCAAUAGUUUCUGAGCCGCUUUCCUAAGCUGAAGCCGGAUUCCGGCUCCUGCAAUCGAAGCAGCGCUCGGAUCAGGCCCCUUCCUUGCAGCCCCGCGGAGAUGUGGACCCUCGGCGGCCCAGGAGCCCCCGUUCGGCUCCUCCAGCUGCUGCUGCUUCCGGCUUCCUUGGUGCCGGCGGACCCGGAGAGGCCUCCGCGCGCCGCAACCAACUCCGCCCAGCAGCUCGUCGAGCAGCUUCCUGUCGGAGGCCAGAUGGAGAUCUCGGCGUCCCAUUACGCGGCCAGCAGAGCCGCUGGCGUGGUGUUCCACUAUCUCACCUAUCAGCGCGGGAGCCCGCACAGGCUGUUCGAAAUGGGGCGAGUGAAGCAAGCCAGCCUGGAGAACAUUCCAGGUUCUGGGCAUAAAUACCGUCUUAAGUUUGAAGUGAAAGAAAGCAUUGAGAAUGGCACGUACCAGGAUUGCACAGCCGAGAUACUUUAUCAUCUUGGUGACACACCUGUUGCUCCUGAAAUACAUUAUACUAUGGAAAGGGCGUUUAAGACACAUUCGACAGAAGCAGACAACCUAUUCUACAGCAGAAUUCAGCACCUGACUGAGCCAUUAGAGACCCGAAAUAUACCAGAUAAUGUUGGAAAUAUGCCAGAAGAAAUGAAGCCUAUUUUCAACUUAGCCAAGGUUGCCUCUGGAUAUAUAGUAUGGCAGAAUUCAACAGAAAACACCUUGUACAAUAUGAUUCAAAUUAAAAAUGUCAAACAAGUGAAAAGAAAUGAUGACUAUCUUGAAUUUUCCUAUGAGGUUUUAUUCCAUGAUAUUGUCUCCCAGGAAACUAUUCCUUGGCACAUGCAAGUUCUAUGGCAUCCACAGCAUGGAGUGAAAGUAACACAGAAUAGUCGCCAGUCAAAGUGAUAUUAAUUAAAUCUUGUUCUUCAAUUGAUGAGGCGAUAAAAAGUGUGCGUGCGCUCAAAAUCAGCGAAUUUAUGUGCUGAAGCUGACCAGACUAAGGAUGAUGAAUACCUGGUAUGCAGAAUUCCCUCCCGCCCCCCAUUUUCCUCCCCAAAACUAAGGUGCGUCUCAUACUCUGAAAAAUACGGUACAUUUUAAUACAUAAGUGCCACCAUACUCUUGCUUACUACUAUCAAAAAGGCCCAAUCAG